AUUCAAAAAGCCAAGCAAAGUCCAUGUAUCUAUCAGAUGGCCUGUCGGCGCCAAUAGACCAUUUCCGACCGAGGAUCCAGAGGUACAUAUUUUGGCAGAAAGAAAAUCUGACUGGUGAGGAUCUAAUGCUCUCCGCACAUUGUCAAAAUUGCCGAUAGAUACAACAUUUCGCCGGCCCAGGUAACUGCAUAUCAUCCAUCGCAUACAUUAUAUUUCAUAAAAAAAUUCCACUAACGUAAGUUCGAUAAAUAUCUAGGUCUGCUUAUCUUGGGCCGUGCAAAAAGUAAUCCCUGUAAUACCCAAAUCCGUGCAAGUUCAUCACAUGAAGGAAAACUUGCGGCUGAACAAAAUGUCGGUUGAUGACUUCCAUGACGUGGAUCGGUUAUCCUCCGUCCGAGGUCAGGCCCGAUUCCUUAACCCAAUCCGACACUUGGGUUUCGACAUCUUCGAUGAGGAAUAUGACCAAACGGUGGCUGACAGCGCACCCUGGGAUAAGUACAAUGAUGCGGAUUCAAGAAGCAAACAGAGUCAAUCAAGCAUGUACCUAGAUUAGGGGGAUUUUGUAUUUAUUAGGUACAUCUGCACUGUCUACAAGAG